UUCUUUCUUUCUUUCAUUUAUAUGAGUCUAUAUAAUAUAGGGAAACGGGUAUUAUAUAGGGGUUUCCCCAAUAAAUCGUCAAUGCCUAUACGGCAUUAUAAAGUGCUUUCGAUUGAAACUUCAUGUGAUGAUACUUGUAUAGCAUUACUUGAAAAAAAUGAUUCAAAGGCUCCUCCAAAGAUCAUUGACCAAGUGAAAAGUACUUUAAAUUCUGUGGCAACUGGUGGCAUUAUACCAACAGAUGCUCUUAGAUUCCAUCAAACUACAUUGGCUCUGCUUAUUGAAACUCUUUUAAAAAAGCAUAAUUGUCGUCCUGAUCUCAUUUGUUGCACAAGAGGCCCGGGAAUGGCUGGGUCUCUUAGUGCCGGUUUACAACUUUCUAAAGGCUUAGCAGUUGCAUGGGGUGUUCCAUUAAUAGGGGUUCACCAUAUGUUGGGGCACAUAUUGGUAGCAACUCUUCCUAAAUCAGAACAACCGGAUUUAACUGCUCCUCAGUACCCAUUCCUCAGUCUUUUAUGUAGUGGAGGGCAUACAAUGUUAGUCUUACUGAAAUCUAUCACUGAUCAUGAAAUAAUUGCUAAUACCGCAGAUAUAGCUGUUGGCGAUUCCCUUGAUAAAUGUGCAAGAGAGUUGGGACUCAAGGGAGUCAUGUUGGGUCGUGAAUUGGAAUCAUAUGUCAAUUCAAUAAAACAAUCAACUAUACAAAAAUUUGAUACCAUGGAAACAAAGGAACUGAAUUUAAAUUCCUUCAAAUAUAAGCUUGGAUUACCCUUAAAGGGACCAAGAAGGGAAAAAUACCCUAAAGAUAUUGUGUUUGCCUUUGCAGGGUUUUUAAGUAGUAUCCAGUCGUAUAAAAAGGAUAAGGGUGGAUUGAAUGUUGUUCUUGACCAAGAAACUCGUGAAUUCAUUUCUUAUAAACUUCAAGAGCAUGUCUUUGACCACAUAAUAGACAGAAUGAAUUUGGCAUUCACAAAGCAUGGGUCCAAUAAAAGAAAAUAUGAACAUGCAGAUGGUAAGUUUCUUGGUGUGAAAGAUCUCAUCUUUUCUGGUGGGGUUGCCUCGAAUCAAAGAUUGAGAGAAAAGCUUGCCACAAGGCUACAAUUCCAAGACAAUGACGGGGAAGUAACGGACUUGAAUCUUCACUUCCCAGACUUAUCCCUUUGCACCGAUAAUGCAGUCAUGAUAGGUGUUGCUGGUAUCGAAAUAUUCGAGAGUUUAAGAAUCAAAUCUGAUCUUGGAGUAUGCCCAAUUCCCAAAUGGCCCAUGGAUUCCUUGCUUGAUGUUGAAGGAUGGGUAAACGUUACACCAGAAGAAUACAACCAAGUUAUUCAAAAUAAAUAG